AUGAACUUUCCUGUUUUUAACUUUACAGGAACGGAUGCGGGAGACUUCGAACGUGCUUUGUUCCGGGAUUUGCUGCAGAAUUAUGAUCCGCUCGUUCGACCAGUGAGGAACGAGACAGAUGCGAUUGAGGUCAAAUUAGGUAUCGAUUUGCAACAAAUUAUCGACGUGGAUGAAAAAAACCAACUCAUACAAACCAACGUUUGGCUGCAGUUUGAAUGGCAUGACAAGUUUCUGCAAUGGCAGCCGGAAGAGUAUGGUAAUCUGGACAAGGUGCGCUUACCAAUUACACGUAUUUGGCGACCAGACGUACUCCUUUAUAACAGUGCCGACCAAGCAUUUGACUCGACUUACCACACGAACGCAAUUGUAAACUUCGAAGGUCGCGUGACUUGGCUGCCUCCAGGAAUAAUUAAAAGCAGCUGCAAAAUCGACAUUACCUGGUUUCCAUUCGAUGAUCAGAAAUGCUCGCUAAAAUUUGGAAGUUGGACUUAUAGUGGAUAUCACAUAAAUUUAGUAGCAGGCGAAGUGAAGAAGGGCACGUACGUCGAAAACGGAGAAUGGAUCCUAAUGGGUUACCUAUAUGACAGCAAAAUAUAUGAGCCGUACAUCGACGUUACAUUCACCUUUCGGAUAAGGCGAAGGACGUUGUACUACGGCUUCAACCUCAUUAUUCCGUGCAUAUUGAUUUCGAUGAUGACGUUACUGGGCUUCACUCUGCCACCAGAUGCCGGGGAAAAGCUGACACUGGGUAACUUUGUUUUUGUUCUUCUUCAAUAUAAAAAAAUAAUUAUCAGCGAUAACGAAGAUAGGUAG